GAGCCCGAGCGGGAGCGGAGGCGGCGGCGGGACCCGGCCGGACAAAUUUCCUGCUCGGCUGCGGGCGGCAGGAGGCGGCGCCAGCGGCGCCCGGACCCCGCGGCCUCCGCGCGUCCCCACCACCGUCCUUCGCGCCGGCGGGGACCCAGGGGCGCCCCGGAGGGCGGCGGGCGGGCGCCCGGGAGAUGCGGAGCCGCCGCGGCGGCGCGAUCGGCGCGACCGGACCGGCCCCCCCGAGAUUUGCCAUGGAGCCCUUCUGUCCGCUCCUGCUGGCCGGUGUUAGCUUGCCGCUCGCCAGGGCUCUCAAGGGCAACGAGACCACCGCGGCGGUCAGCAACUGGACCUCGACGACCUCAGGCCCUCCUGCCCGGGGCGCACCGCAGCCGCUGCUGGCCUGGCUUCUGUUACCUCUGAUGCUGCUCGUCCUCCUCCUGCUCCUCGCCGCCUACUUCUUCAGGUUCAGGAAGCAGAGGAAAGCCGUGGUCAGCGCCAAUGACAAGAAGAUGCCCAACGGGAUCCUGGAAGAACAAGAGCAACAAAGAGUGAUGCUUCUCAGCAGGUCCCCCUCCGGGCCCAAGAAGUACUUUCCCAUCCCCGUGGCGCACCUGGAGGAGGAGAUCCGAGUCCGCUCCGCAGAUGACUGCAAACGCUUUCGGGAGGAGUUCAAUUCGUUGCCAUCUGGACACAUACAAGGAACUUUUGAACAGGCCAAUAAGGAAGAAAACAGAGAAAAAAACAGAUACCCCAACAUCCUUCCCAAUGAUCAUUCCAGGGUGAUUUUGAGCCAGGUGGAUGGAACCCCGUGUUCAGAUUACAUUAAUGCUUCCUACAUAGAUGGUUACAAAGAGAAGAAUAAAUUCAUCGCCGCUCAAGGCCCCAAACAGGAGACAGUUAACGACUUCUGGAGAAUGAUCUGGGAGCAGAAGUCCGCCACCAUCGUCAUGUUGACGAACCUGAAAGAAAGGAAAGAGGAGAAGUGCUCGCAGUACUGGCCGGACCAGGGAUGCUGGACCUACGGGAACAUCCGUGUGUGCGUGGAGGACUGCGUGGUUCUGGUAGAUUACACUGUCCGGAAGUUCUGCAUACAGUCCCAGCUCCCCGAUGGCUGCAAAGCCCCACGGCUCGUCUCCCAGCUGCACUUCACCAGCUGGCCCGACUUCGGAGUGCCUUUCACCCCCAUCGGGAUGCUGAAGUUCCUGAAGAAAGUGAAGGCCCUCAACCCCGCCCAUGCCGGGCCCAUCGUGGUCCACUGUAGCGCUGGCGUGGGCCGGACAGGCACCUUCAUCGUGAUCGAUGCCAUGAUGGACAUGAUGCACAGCGAGCAGAAGGUCGAUGUCUUUGAAUUCGUGUCCAGAAUUCGCAACCAGCGCCCUCAGAUGGUGCAAACAGACAUGCAGUACAACACGUUCAUUUACCAAGCCUUACUGGAGUACUACCUCUACGGGGAUACCGAGCUGGACGUGUCCUCUCUGGAAAAGCACCUGCAGACCUUACACAGCACCGCCGCCCACUUUGACAAGAUCGUGGAGGAGGAGUUCCGGUACAAACUGACCAAUGUCCGGAUCAUGAAGGAGAACAUGAGGACGGGCAACCUGCCUGCGAACAUGAAGAAGGCCAGGGUCAUCCAGAUCAUCCCAUAUGACUUCAACCGGGUGAUCCUCUCCAUGAAGGGUCAGGAAUACACAGACUACAUCAACGCCUCAUUUAUAGAUGGCUACCGACAAAAGGACUACUUCAUCGCGACCCAGGGGCCGCUGGCGCACACAGUGGAGGACUUCUGGAGGAUGGUGUGGGAGUGGAAGUGCCACACCGUCGUGAUGCUGACGGAGGUCCAGGAGAGAGAGCAGGAUAAAUGCUAGUAUUGGCCGACAGAGGGCGCCGUGACUCAUGGCGAAAUAACAAUUGAAAUAAAAAGUGAUACGCUUUCGGAAGCCAUCAGCAUACGGGACUUCCUGGUCACCUUCAAUCAGCCCCUGGCCCACCAGGAGGAGCAGACCCGCGUGGUCCGCCAGUUCCACUUCCACGGCUGGCCCGAGAUCGGGAUUCCGGCCGAGGGCAAGGGCAUGAUCGACCUCAUCGCGGCUGUGCAGAAGCAGCAGCAGCAGACGGGCAACCACCCCAUCACUGUGCACUGCAGUGCUGGAGCCGGGCGAACAGGCACCUUCAUAGCGCUCAGCAACAUUCUGGAACGAGUAAAAGCCGAGGGCCUUUUAGACGUGUUCCAAGCUGUGAAGAGUUUGCGACUUCAGAGACCACAUAUGGUGCAAACCCUGGAACAGUAUGAAUUCUGCUACAAAGUGGUACAAGAUUUUAUUGAUAUAUUUUCUGAUUAUGCUAAUUUCAAAUGAAAAUUCCUGCCUUAAAAUAUUUUUUAAUUUAAUGGUCAGUAUAUUUUAUAAAAUCAUGUUAAUUAUUUCAUAGUUGACAUUAAUGCCCGUCCUAAUUUCUCUGUAUAUAUUUUGUUACGCUUUGAAGGCCACUUGCUGUAAAAACUGGAACCGUGUAUUAAGGUCAAGUAAUAUCCCAUAAAAUAUAUUUCUGCUAAUACCAGUAAAUAUGUUAAUUUUGCAUCAGAUGCAUCCCAUUGUUGAAUUUCACACGUGCAGCACUUCUAAAUGUUAAAAAUCUGAACAUGCAACGUGUGCUUACGCAGGAGAGAAAACAAAAGCCUGCGCUGUUAAGAAAGUGGUUGAGACUCAAGAAUCAGUUGAAAAUUCUCUUUCCUGACAACAUUUUUACAGUCCUGGGCAGUGGCAUUUGGGGGAAGGUGAAAUGUUCACGACGCUACACUGUAAAUAGGGAAUCCUGUGAAAUCCUCUGUUGGAACUCGUGUGCUUGAUUUUCACAUUUUAAAGAUCAAAGACUACAGCCUGAUGGCAGGUAUAGAACACGCUAGCGUCAUUGGUGGCUGCGGGGUGACACGUAGACAUGCAUCUACUCAAGGCCGGGUCCCUGCCGUCUUGGCCGGAAGAGGGGAGAUGUAGGCAUGGGUGGAAAGGUUCCCCCACGGCUCUGGGUCCAGCGAAACCAGCUCUCAAGCUGUGCUUCCACGUAGCCACUUGCCGUCUGUCUGUCUGGGUGUCUGACUCAGACGACCCCCUGAGAAUCCAACCGACUGCCUUUCUCAGCCUUGCCUCCCACUCUGCCCCCUCCCCCCGGCUGGUUUGAGCUCUCCCAGAGGCUCAGCACCAGCCACUUCCCAGUCCUCACGUUCAGAUAAAGCUGGACGGGCAACUCGCACAGCCGCAAGGAGCACAUGCUUGGGGAGAAAACCACAAGCAAUUACGCUUUCAACUUUCUGAGAAACAUUUUGGUAUUAAAAAAAAAAUCUUGUAAAAGCUAAGAUUGUUUGUAAGAAAAGAAAUCUUAAAAUCUAGAUUUAUACAGUUUUUAUUUAGAAGUCCCACUCCCCAAUAUUUAAAUAAAAGAAAAAGAGAAAUCCUUAAAUCUAAAAGCUAACUUAUUUUUGAAUGGAAAUACUACUGAGACCUUUGACACUGGUAGUAAUGAUCUCACUGCCGGACAGGAUCGGCUUGUGGGGCAAAAAAAGAGGGGGGGGGGAUGAAUGUAGAAAAGUUUAACUCAAUGACAGUGAUCUUUCUAUGCCAUUCGGGAGCAGAUGAGCACUAUAUAUAUAUAUAUAUAUAUAUAUAUAUAUAUAUAUAUAUUUAUUUAUGAAUGACACCUGCUCUAACUUACUAAAAGCAUUUAACAUGUACAUUUGGGGGUACUUUCUUUUCUUUUCUUUCUUUUUCUUUUUUUUCUUUUUUUGCUUUUUAAAAGAAAUAUAAAGGCCUUAUGUGACAUUUCCACUGAGAAGUGAUUGCCCCCUCCCAUUGCACUGUUCAUCCUGUGUCCAUCCCUGGUGUGUACCCUGCAGCUCCAGGGCUGGUUACCUGCUAACAGCAGCCUUGUCGUAAUCAAGCCUCCGCUGCUCCUCUGAGCCCCACCCUUGGGCAAGAGGAGGGACCCGCUGGAAGGGCACGAGCACAACUUGGUGACCACUGCCACCACCGCCGCCAGCCACAUCCCUGGGCCACGCACGCACUGCUGAAUGCAACCCUCUCUCUCCUUCCUGGUACAGUUAGAAUGCAUUAGGGUUAAGGAGGAAAAUGGAGGGAACUUCACAAGAUGCACCAGUUGGUCCCAUAUGUUUUCAUUGUUAAAAUCCCAAGUCCAAAGCCUUUCUUUGACUGAAGGAGAAGAGAGGGAACCAAGCUUUCAUUUAGCACCAAACCCUAGAAACGGAGUGGGCCAGUUGUGACGAAGGUGACUAAUAUUGUAUGUGAGGGUUUAAAGUCAAAGUCAAGGGAAUGGAUCUGGGUCUAAUUUAGGAACCCUCAUUAGAAUCUGACAGGCCUUUUAGUGGCCUGCCUGCCAUCUCUUGGAUGGAGAUUAAGAUCAACCUUAUCCAGGGUGCCCUCGGGAAAGUGCCCCAUGUGUGUGUUCUUCUCUUUCCCUUAUCCACUGCAGGCAUCCUGGCACCCACUGUGGCCCUUCCAAUUCUGGAGACAAAGCAGAAGCCGCGGUCCCUUGGAGGGACUUUGCCUUUCUGGGGGGUUGGGAAUUGCAGCCUCAUGGCCUCCGCCCAGCUCCCGCCCCCAGUCCAAGGCCCCCCAGUCUCUUUGGGCACUUGGGAACUGGCCAUGCUCUCUGCAUCAGCCAGGAAACUGACCUCUCCUUCCCCCUCGGUCAAAGUCGGUCCAUUGUACAUAACGAACAGCCCCUCCCCCCACAGCGCCGCCGCCGUCGCCGUCCUCCUUCCCUUCACGUUUUUGUAUGUUGCAUGCGGUUGCAUUCAAAUGCCAAAUAGCGAUUAGGAGCCUACCGUUCUGAUCGACAAGCUGUAUGGUCACUGUGUGACUCACUUUACUGUUUCUCUCCACGUGCUCAACGAAUGAAGAAUGCAUACCAGUGUUUUAAAAGGUAUUUUUAUGUGUUUUUAAAAACUUUUUAAAAUGAGCCUGACAUGUCUGUUUCAGCAUUCCGGGAAAUGCCCAUGUUAUUUUUAAAAUGUAUGAUUACUGAUACUUUUGUUUAACUCAGUUGUGUUUAAUUUAUGUGCAAUCUUUAUAAUGUAUGUAUGUAUUCCCCUUUCAACGAUCAUAUUUUCUUUUAUUACAUCUAUAAUUUGAUCUUGCUCUGAUUAUAAUGCCAGUGAAUGUUGCUGAAUUCUUUGUAUAUGCAAAUUGCAAGAUCUAAAACAUUCUGAUGCAAGGAUAAAUCUUUACUGUGACUUCCA